AUAUCCCUUUGCUUCCUGUUACUCUGAAUAAAGCCCAGUUCCCAAGUCUCUUUAAUCAUUAACAGGUGUCACCAUCACCUUGGCACUUGUGUUUUCCCUGUUCAUGGACACUGCUUGGCAGCUGGGCUCUGUAAACACCUGGAGCAAACAGGACAGCCUGGGAGGGGCAGUUUGGGCUGUAACCGUGGCAUCACCUGCCUUCUCAGCUCUGGGUUGUGGCACCUCGUGCCCCAGAGGUUAAAUAUUUAUGGGAUGGGGCUGCUUGGAAAAAGUGCCUUAUUCCUACUGCCGGUGAACAGGAAUGCAAAUGAUCUUUAAAGAGGAUGUUGGGAGGUUUCUUGGGAGUGAUGCCUUCCCGUUCAGAGGGCUGCAGAGUUUAAAUACCCUGCUCAGUGCCUUAUCAGGUUGUUUUUUCCAAUAUAAACACCAAAGCGCCGCGUGUUGACUCGGUGACGUGCGCGGUGUCAGGGCGCUCUUUGUUUGCCCAGCGGCCUCGUUGGGUGAAGGUUGAGGAGCUUCAGUCGCACAGAAGAUCCCCUGCUGCAGCCAUGAUGCCAGUGGCCACCGUGAUGCCCGACGACACGCCCAUGUUUGAUCCAAGGAUUCUGCACGAGCUGGACUGGAGCGAGAACACGACGACGUUUUCUCCCGCUAUUUCUCCGCUGAAUCCGGGGGAUGGGCUGGUUCUGAGACCACUUUGCACAGCUGAUUUAAACCGAGGCUUUUUCAAGGUUCUGGGUCAGCUGACGGAAACCGGAGUUGCAAGCCCGGAACAGUUUAUCAAAACCUUCGAGCACAUGAAGAGAUCAGGAGAUUAUUACGUUACCGUCGUGGAGGACACAAACCUUGGACAGAUUGUUGCUACAGCAACACUGGUUAUAGAACAUAAAUUCACUCACUCCUGUGCCAAGAGAGGGAGAAUAGAAGACGUGGUGGUCAGCGGGGAGUGCAGGGGGAAGCAGCUUGGAAAACUAUUAAUAUCCACCCUCACCUUGCUAAGUAAGAGACUGAACUGUUACAAAAUCACGCUGGAAUGUCUGCCCAAAAACGUGGAUUUCUACAAGAAGUUUGGCUAUUUGGUAUCUGAGGAAAACUACAUGUUUCAACGGUUCUUUAAUUAACAACUUCCAGGUGGUAAAAGACUGGUGGUGGAGGAGCUUGUGCUCCAAACAUUCUCUUCGUGGAAAACUUAUAUAGUUUAUGGCUGCAAAUAUAAUGAUCCCUAUAAAUAAUGAACAUCAAAUGUGUAAAUCCCGGGAAAACAAAUUAAUGAGAUUUUAGAAGGGUCCUCUGGGUUAGGGAAAAAAAAGCUUAGAACUAAUUUUUACUGCUGUGGAGUCGAGGUGAAGCUUUUCUGUUCUAGCUGAGUUACAAAGGACUCGUUAAAGGGAUGGUUUUUAACCAAAGGUAUAUAUUUUUAUCUCAAAUUUUUUCUUGCAUUGUAUUUUUCUAAAGGUUUGUGCUUCUUUUCUCGGUAGCCAAAGGACAGCCCAUGGGAUUGUCCUGCUGCCUGUGCUGAUGGAAGGGUGACAGAGCUUGGGAAGGGAUGAGGCUUCUCUUAUGCAGAAUUACUGA